CAAGAUAACAAUCGGCGAGUUUGUCAGUAGUUUGAACUUUAAUUUUUAAAUAUUCUAAACAAUUAAACAAAUAACAAGUGAAAAAAAACCGGUACCAAGUCUACUAGUCCUACUUGUGAUUAUUACUGUUAUACUAUUAUCCAAUAAUCGUAGUUAAUAAAUUAUAUUAUUAUGCUAUAAUUAAAUUGUUCACCGGCAUACGAAUAAACAACUUUGGACAUUGGCAACGUUAAACAUAAAACCUACAGAUCAAGUUUACCCAUUCGAACACCAGUAUAUAAAAUAUAGAUCACCUACAAUUGAAAAAUAUAUUGUCAAAUUCAUGGCUAACGAUACCACUGAAGAUUCAGUUCAUAAAGAUGAAAAAAAAUAUUUGUUUAAAAAUCCUGAAUUUGACAGCAACAAAACGGUAAAUGGUAAAAAAAAAAUGUGGCGAUCUCUAAAACAAAUAAUGUCUCAAGAAAGAAACCUGCCGUGGCCUGACAAUACAAUUAAUUAUAGCAGUAUUACUGCUCCGCCGUCGUUCAAGCCAGCGAAAAAGUAUUCUGAUAUUAGUGGAUUAAUCGCCAAGUAUAAAGAUCCACAAACGUCGUUAUAUUAUGCCGGUCACGAAGAAUUCAGUACCGUUAGGAGUUUGCCGAGUGAUAUAAUUACAGGAUAUUUGACGUUACGAGGAUCAUACAAUCCUAUAGGAUAGGAUUUAUGGAGAAUUUAAAAAAUGCAACUGAAUUAUGAAAAAAAGAAAACAUUGGUUCGUAUUAAUAGUAAAGCGUCUUGAAAUGUACUAUUGAACUGUACGAAUUCACAAUAAAGAUCUUU